AUUUUCAUAAUUCAAAAAAAAUCAUCUAAAUACUUAUUAAAAAUCAAAUUAGUUCAAAUAAUUUCAAAUAUUAUAUUUAAUACAUAUUUAAAAAUAAAAUUACCUUUCAAAAAUAUUUAUUCUUUUGUAGAACCGAUUAUUCAGAUAUUUAAAUUAUUAUUUAAUUUUUAUCAGAUUUGUGUUUAUCUAGAUUGGAUAUUCGGCAAAGUGCAAGUCGUUUUGAUUUUGAAAUAUAUUUGUUUAGUUUAAGAAAUAUAGUUUUGAAGAAUUCAGUUAUUGUUAAAAUCUUUUGCUAGUCCCGGAUAAUUAUCUUUACUUUACCCAAAAGAUCCGGUUAUUUUUGUUAGGUACGGCUAAAUCACCGGAGAUACAUAAACCUACCGGAAAUCAAGAACAUCAUCACCGGUUUACUUCGGUUAUCUCCGGUUUGGUUUGAAAAUAGUAUUAACCUCUUGACGGAACAAGCACGUUUCCUUUUUGUUGUUGUCUGAAACUCUCCAACAAACACACAAAACGAAUGUAAAAAAGAUAAGUAUGAAAGAUUUGCAAAAUCUAUUAAAUGAAAAAGGAGCAGAGAUUUCGGAGAUUCGUUUUCUUUUCUGAAUACAUUACCGUAUUGUUUCCUCCGUCGACUUCGCAUGAACACUUGAGCAAAAAGGUGGGACUCUCUGUUUUGUAGUAGAGUAGACAUGGCGCAUAUCAACGGGUACGUGGUUGCCGCUGGGGAGAAGAAGAAGGCGUCUCAACCGUCGUGGAACUGGGUGCUUAUAAACGCGACGGGAGAGAGCAAAGCGCUUGACGUCGACAAGUAUGCUGUCAUGCACCGUGUUCAGAUCCACGCGCGUGAUCUCCGGAUUAUUGACCCGAAUCUGUCUUACCCUUCCACUAUUCUUGGCCGAGAGAGAGCCAUUGUGCUCAAUUUAGAGCAUAUCAAGGCGAUCAUCACUUCCGAUGAGGUUUUGCUUCGGGAUCCAUCACAUGAAAAUGUUAUCCCCAUUGUGAAGGAGCUUGAAAGACGCUUACCUGUUGGAAACCAAGCACACCAUGGUCAAGGAGAUGGGAAAGAGAGCUCAGCUGCCCAUAAUGACGCUGAUGAUGGUGAAGAAGAUGAAUCCCCAUUUGAAUUCCGUGCACUGGAAGUUUUCUUGGAAGCAAUAUGUAGCUUCUUAGCUGCAAGGACUACAGAGUUAGAAACAGCUGCUUACCCUACUUUGGAUGAGCUUACCUCAAAGAUUAGUAGCGGUAACUUGGAUAGAGUUAGGAAGUUGAAGAGUGCCACGACUCGGUUGACAGCUCGAGUUCAAAAGGUAAGAGAUGAGCUUGUACAUUUGCUGGAUGAUGACGAUGAUAUGGCUGAUCUUUACCUUUCAAGGAAACUCUCUUGUGCUUGCUCAAUGGCUAGUAGUCCAAAUUGCUAUCUUACUUCCCCAACAAUAGGCUCUAAGAUUUCAAGAGCUAGUGUAGCCACAGUUCGUGGGGAUGAAAAUGAUGUUGAACAACUUGAAAUGUUGCUCGAGGCAUACUUCAUACAAAUCGACAGCACUUUGAACAAAUUAACAACACUACGUGAGUAUGUCCAAGACACGGAUGAUUACAUUAGCAUUCAGAUGGACAAUCGUCGUAAUGAGCUGAUUCAGUUGGAGGUGGUGUUAGGUUCUGGAACCGUUUGCUCAGCAUUUUACUCUCUUGUCGCUGGAAUUUUCGGGAUGAACAUUCCAUACACGUGGAAUGAUAACCAUGGAUACAUGUUCAAAUGGGUUUGUAUCGUGACGGGGGCAAUUUGUGUGUUCUCGUUAGUAUUCAUAAUGUCGUACGCUCGGUUCAAAGGGCUUAUGGGAUCUUGAUAGGUCUAGAGAGAGUUUUUUAGCAUCGAGAAAUUGAGACUUCUAAUUGGAGCUUUUAAACCAGAGUUUUUUUAUAAGCCAACAAGCUUGUGCGAUAUUAUUAGCAUCCUACCAAACUAUGCAACUUUGAUUUUGAGCUUAAGGAAAAAAAUUCUAGCUUUCAAGAAGCUAUGCAACUUUGAAAUUUUGAGCUUGAAGAAAUUAAAAUUUUACGUCUAGCUUUCAAGAAGCACGGUAUAUGUUAUAUGCUUAAUUACUCUCUGCAUGACUUGUAUAAUUCACAAAAAAAGGUCAUACUUCUCUAUGACAUUUUUGAGCUUUCCACUGAAAGAAAAUAAGGUGGAUAUGGCUUGGGCUAGCCUUGGGCUGGACUUCGGCCUAUUGUUGUUUGUUUUGAUUCAAUUGCAAUUUUGUAAGAUCAAUCUAGGAUUCUUAGCGGUUUUACAACAGUAAACAAACUUUCUGUUAUUGCAUGCGAACGAACUCUUAAAACUCUAUACAUGAAGUCAAAACCUAGACGUUGUCUCAAAAUAAUACAACAAGGCUUUCGUGUUUCCACAUACCUUUGUUACCAGUUUUUUAAUAAUUUGGACAUAAUAUAAAGUAUAAAAAGGUAUAAAAUAUUGGCAACGUCAGCAGUUCGCGUGGAGAGUUGAGGCCGAGGCUGACGUGAUCAACUUAAACAAUAAAAUAAUAAGAUUCCUUUUAUUUUAUUUCAUUUUGUACUUUUCCUCUAAAUAAAUAAUUAGAUUCUUCCACUCUGCAAGGAACCUAACUGGCUGACGUAAUCGGAAUUGCCUCUUGGAACAACAUAAAAAUCAAAUUUCAUUUCUUUUUAAAUAGUCCUCUUGUAUAUGGCUGAGACAAUUCUCUAUAACGACAAAAAUGAUAUCAAUUAAAUUAAAAAAGCAUAGACCGCACUAAAAUAUAAAUAAAUUGUUCAUACUUGUUCUCACACGCAGUGAUGCACAUCUUGCAUUUUCUUCCCAUUAAUCAAUUAGAUGUUGGGUUAUUUCAAACGAAAAUUUUGCAUUUAUGUACAUCAAUUUUAAUAUGUUUUUUCUUGUAUUUGAAGGAAAAGUUCUAGUAAUGUUUGAUCAGACAUCACUAGAGAUUUGUGAACAAAAAGGCGUAAUAAGAAAACUAAAAAUUUAGCUUUUUUGGGUGUUUGUUCUUGUUUUUACCAUAUAUAUACAAAUUUAUAAAUGAUGUUUUGAUUAAAAUGUCUUAUGUUUGAAUAGAAACUGACCAUUCAAACAUACAGAUCUAGACAUAGAUCUAUGUAAGUUCAAUCAUAAAAUAAAAAGAGAGAAUCAUUAGAAGCUUUAUGCCACAAGUGCUUGGCAUUUGGAUAGUGGAAUCUAAUUCAAAUGUUAAUAAUACCGGGUCUCAUGAUGCCAGCUAAUUCUAUACUUUACUCCAUAUUUCUGGCAUGAGAAAAUAAUAUAUUUAUCUGAUUUACAAAAUACCAACACAUAAAAUAA